AUGCACGACCUCUGCUUCUCGUUGGGCGGAGUGGCAAAAGGCCAAGCAAGGUCAGGCCAGGCCAGGCAGCGUGCCGGAAGGCAAAGCAAAGGUCCCCCUCAGCGUGUGGUGGCGGCAACAGGCGGCAAGCGGCGAAUCGCUGCUCGAGACACCGACAAAGGGCACGGGAACGUCAGGUGGCGAGAUCGAUGCUCCUCGCUGGGCCAUUCUUUGUCGUUCCUGACACGAGACUGCCGUGCAUCAACGCAGGAACCGUGCCCUCUCGCCCCCUCCGCUCGUCGGACGGACAGUCGGAAAAGAACGAGCAGCUCAGCCAGCCAACCAACCGACCGGCCAGGCUCAAACGAAAGGUCCAGCCUCAGCGACGAUACGAGGAACGAGGGACAAGGGACGGGGGGUGAGGAGGUCGACCUUCCGACGCGGGCGUGCUCACCAGCCCUUCGCUCGCUUGGCAGGCCGACCGGAGGCCGACCGGCUUGGCUGCUCGUUCGCUCUUGGGGCCCCAACGGGCGCCCGACCAUUUGUGUGUUCUGUUCGGCGCGGCUCAACGCCUGGUUCCCCGUCUCGUCGGCGCACCUUCCGUACCCGAACGCCUUGGCAAUCCACGGUACCGCGUGCAGCGCCCUGCACAGGCGCCAGGUGUGCUGUACGUAUCGCGACACAUCGAGAGAGGGCCGGAUAGUCGACAGAGGCGCUGAGAGAAGAUGUUGCAGUGCUUGCUUGCUUGCCGUCGGCCCCGUAGGAUGGCCGACUUCGUCGGAAAUCGAGCCCUCGGCCGGGGGCGCGCUCGGCCUCGGGCCCUUCGACCGCGCUGGCUUUGCGCUCCCGUGA